UUUUAACUAAGUUUUUACUAAAAAUUUGUGAAUGAAGUCAAAAGUUCAAGUUGAACCGAGGAAAAUGAUCAAGCGAGGCAAACAUGGUCAUACUGGCAGUAUUGACUCAACUAAGCAUUCAGCAUCUAUUUUUGAUGAAUUCAAGGAGCUUAAGACUGAUCGACCAAUUCAAAAAUCCUCAGAUCUACCUGAGUCUGAUCACAAUGUUCCUCAAGAAGCUAUUAAUGAGUAUGAAGAGUUUUUAGCUCAUAAGGACUCAACCGAAAGAUUAGAAAGGAUCAUUCAGGAAGUUCGGACGAUCGAUGAGAGAGCUCAUCAUGAUACCAAGAAUCUACUUAAUGAACAUCUCGAUAGAGAAUACGAAAGAAAUGCUAUUCUGCGUGAGUUAAAAUUUGAAAGAUUCAAGCAAGCCAAAAAGGACAAACAAAAUGCUAAACAAAUGCAGGCGCUGUGGAAACUUAUGCAGAAGAAAGAUAGGGAGUAUAUAAGUCAGAUCCAGAAAUACCAGCAUCAACUAAAACUAAUCAAACAAGGGAAAAGCUUCAAGGAAUCUUCUAGUGACAAAAGAUCAAGUCUGAACAAAAGUAUGAAACAGACUAACAAGGAAAAGAUACAUAAAGCUCUUUCUCCAUAUGGAGCUUAUUGUAACAGCAUAAAGAGUAAAAAGUUAAGGAGACUUAGUAAGACAAAUUCAGCUAUGUCUUCUCCAAGGAGUUCCUCUAUCUCUAUCACCCCAUUUGAGGAGAACAAGGCUGCUGCUUCGAGCUCUGCGAUGACUACUCCACGUAAAGGCGAGAAACAUAGGUAUGAAAGUAAUAACUACUCUGACCAAUCUGUGCCUUCAAAGAGAUCUUUUGCAAGAAGCAAGGGGAAGUUUAGCUACAAACACAAGGUUCAGAAAACUUCAGGUGCAAGGAGUUCUGGUAAAAGCUCCUCUUUUAUAUGCACUGAAGGGAAUUCGCAGCCUCCUCUGCUGUUAAAAACACCUGUGAAGCAUGGAAUUUCGAAGAAUCCAUAUACUAAAGAUGAAAGAGGCUCCAGAGCAGAUUGAAAGGCUUCUGAUUCCGAAUCAUUUGUCAAGAUAACUUCAGAUGAGCCUUUGGUUCAGGGGGAUAGCUGGGACAAGAGAGAAAGAAAGAGCUCUUCCAGAACCUCACUUAUAUGAAAUGAGGAACCUAUUCCAACAAUGCAGUGUUCUACCUAUGAUACUUUUAGAGAAAUGGGUAGCAAUGGAGGUGCGCUGGAUAAAGCCUUCCAGAAAAUUGCUCUGCAUAAUAAGUCUACAAAGUCUCUUAUCAGCUCAGAGACAAGUGAAGACAUUAUUUAUGAAUUAAGCUACAGAGUUGAAGAUUUCUCUGAAUUGAGCUGCUCUGCUAAAGACUCACCUUAUAGAAUGAAUCUAGGAAGUUCACAUGAUUCUACUCAGAAAUAUGCAGUCAACGUUGACAGUUUUUAUGAGGAUAAGAUAUUAGACAAGACAAUGAAGACCAUUGCUGAAGUUUCAGAUGAGAAUUAUUCUUCUAAAGAGCACUCAAAAUUAGCCCAACCUAUGAAUCCCAGAUCUUCAGAGAAUUGAAAUCCUUCACAUAAGAAAUCAGGUGUAAAUAUGCCUUAUCCAUACACUUGUAAACCAAAGUUAUUCCAGCAUUGACAGAAAGUUCAAAAUAAGCAUGCAUCUUUGUACAAAAUACAGCCUAAAUUAAUUAUCUCCGAUGAGCAGAAAGAGAAGCUUUUUAAUGGGAACAAAGAGUUUGAAGGCAUCGUUAGACCAUCAGACUUGGAGUCUAGUUCUGAAAGCGAACAAAAAUAUUUUUACACAAACGAAGACUAUAAUCCAAUGAGUGAAACAGGAACAAUUACAGGUAUAGAGCGAGGCCAAAUCUUCUUCAGUAAGGAAGACUUCGAUUUAAAUCAUGAAGUGUUGGUUACAAACUCGAAUGAUUACUUAGGAGCUUCUUCCUAUAAUGAAGACUUCUCGUCUCCCUCUCAAAUCAUAAGCAAGGCUGUUCUAAGGACUGAGACCGAGCACAGCCCUCGAGGUUAGUCUACAUAUU